AGUUCUGAGUGACGCACAAUUGCCAAACUUUGUGAAUCCUUUGGACUACGCCCAUCUCUACACCGUUAUCACACAUCAUCACGGACCACCAGCAGCCAUGGGCAAUGACGGCGGAUCCAUCCCCAAGCGCCGCGAGCUUGUGCAGAACGCAGCGCGCGCACCGACGAUUUCGGAACUCAAGGCGACGGCCCUCGAAUCUCUCGCCCAUGCGUGGGCGCACUGCGCCCUCAGCGACGCGCCCAUCGACCUGGAAUCGGUCGUUUCGGACUGGCGAGGCAGACUCUACAACUACGAAGCCAUUCUGCAGGGCUUGAUGCCUUCGGACGACCCCAACGAGGUGACACCAGCAGCCGUGGGCAUCCGCUCGCUUCGCGAUGUGGCGAAGCUCAAGUUCUCCAAGAAGGGCGACAAGUGGGCUUGCCCGAUAUCCAUGAAGGAGAUGGGACCGACAACAAAAUCCGUCUAUCUGGUGCCGUGCGGCCAUGUGUUUGCAGAGGUUGCCAUUACGGAGAUCAAAGAAGAGGCCUGCCCGGAGUGUGGCGAAGCCUUUACCCAAGAGAACGUUAUUGCCAUUCUCCCAACUGCUGAGAAAGACUUGGACAGGUUACAGAAGCGGAUCGAAGAUUUACAGGCAAACGGCCUUACACACACGCUGAAGAAGGGCAAGUCUGAAAAGAAGAAGAAGCGCAAGGCCGGAGAAGCAGAAGAGGAGGCAAACGGUGAAAACAAGGACGACAAGUCCAAGAAGAGCGAUGCUAGCCGGGCAAAGAAGGAAACAGACUCGAGAAUCAAGGGCAUCAACAACUCAAUGGCGGCAACGUUGACGGCCCGCGUCCUGGCCGAACAAGACGAGAGGAACAAACGCCGGAAGCUGGCCCAGGUGGCUUCAUGAUGCACGCUCUCCUCCAAGUAAAUGCUCGACCAUGAUUUGCCGCCCGCUAGACGAUGGCUUGGUCUCGUGUGUAACCCGUAGAGAUUGACGCACUGCUCGUUGUCGUACUAUUACCCUGUAGCUAUUAAUCAAGAUACCCCUUUUCCAACUAC